AUGGCAAGAGGGAAAAACAUGAUUCGCUUAAUAUUGGUAAUGAUCUGGACAGUCCAAUUGACAACAUCGAUCUCGUUGCUCAAUAAAAUUAAAGAUUCGAUUAUCCGCAAGAAUCAAAACGCUACUGUCAUUCUAAGAAGAAAUGAAAUGAGACCAGAUAACUGCAAAGCAUACGACUAUAAUCUUACUGUGAGCCAUAAAAAUUGUAUUUCUGAGACAGUAAGAGUUAAAUAUUGUUAUGGUCAAUGUAGCACUGUCUACCUACCUAGUUCUGGAAAAAAACAAAAUCCUUCAGUGUAUUGUCAAAGUUGCAAACCAAAGAGUUAUCAUUGGCACAGCGUUUAUCUAAAAUGUUAUGAGAAUUCAAUAAAACCAAUUCGAAAGAAAACAGUGCAGGCGAUAGAUUCAUGUGAAUGCUCUUUAUGUCGUGGUGGCUGA